CUGAUACAUCAUGUAUUCCAGGAUCCGCCAAACAUUUCGCCGGAGGUCUUUCGAACUCAGCUUCUAUUCAGGUAUUUAAGCAUACCAUCCAUCUUCCAAGAACAUUCGACAUGGGUGACAGAUGGACUCCACAGAGGCAACCGUCUCAGUAUCAACCAUCACAAGGCUCGCAAGGGCACCCCGUCCAGCGUCCGCCUCCUGCAGCAGGGUAUUCGCCCACCCAACUCCCUUACGGACCAUCUGGGGCACGACCAUCACCUCCAUCAUCAUAUCAUGCUCCCCAGCUCCAGGCUCGACAAUCGCAAACUUCCGGCGGUCACAGCAGGCACGACGCGGUUGCGCACCCUCCGCCGAGGAUCCAGCCACAGACCGCACCCAUGACCAUUUGGAAUUGGGCUCUUAACCAUUCACUCAAGAUCGAGACUUUGCGGAAGGAGUCAUUGGAAAAGAGCUUUAAUACUAGAGACGAGAGUAAUCAAUAUUCUCAUAACGAUAUUCGGCAUGUCAUUGCCUGGGACCUUACCCUGGCUGAGAUUCAAGCAUCACCAGUCUACGGGAUAUUGAUGCUGCCUCUCCUUCCUUCCUUCUUCGACAAUCUCCUGAUGUCACGCGCGUUCCUCAAGGAACCACUCUAUGGCAGUGCUCUUCGUCCGCCACAAGAUAUGAUACCAUUCACAAUUGAGGCUGGGCUUACUAGCCACCUCGACUUCAUGCUUUUCCAUGAUCUGGAGUUUAUUCAACGGUACAUAGCAAUGGCUCGGGAUCUCUCACGUGAUCUCCCGCAGUUCAGACAGUUCCCGAAUAUUCCGUGGACCCCGCUCGUUACUGAUGUCGGUAGCGCUGCUGCGAAAUACAGGAGUUAUCUCCCUGAUCGAUGUUCAAUCCCCGCGGACGUCAGAUUGCCAUCAAGUGCUAAGACGCGAUGCCCAGGCGAAAUCAAAGUUAGUUAUAAGUUCAAUGCGGGGUGGCGUGAUUACUGCGCAGUGGGAGACAAUCUCAGUGCAUCCCAAGCCAACGAGGCCCUCCGCAUGGUAGAAUACAAGCAAGUGUUGUCCCAAGUUCGACACUAUAUGGUAAAGUGCGGCAAGCUUGCAAAUUCAGACCUGGCAGCCAAGUAUGGCUAUAUUAUCACGGAUAAGGAAGUGGUUCUUCUCCAACGCCAUGGAAACCCUCGCCGCGAGAACGAACAUGGUACUAUCCGUGCGACAAGGGGCUUCGAGUGGAAGUCAGACGGACAGUCCAUCAAUGGCAUGCUAGCUCUGCUUUAUAUUCAUUGCCUGGCUGGCUUUAAUGAGCAUUAUACUCUGGAUAUACGUGUGUGAGUAAUAGGGGUACUGGUUUGUGGUCAACAAUAUUCAUUUCUCAUUCUAAACGAUUCCCUUUGACUGAACUUAUGCGAGGCCGAAAUCUACGGUAUCUAUGUGUUGUGAACGGUAAAGAAGCAGUUACUACUGGAUAUGGAUAUGGUUGUCUAGUUGUUCUACGGUAGAUUGGAAGACACUGUCCAUUUCAUUAGGUACUGCAUCCUUGAAUACACGAAAGGUUAUGACUAC